UUCAGGCCCGCGGCAGGGGGCGGGGUCGCGCCUCCUCCGCGGCUCUGGUUCCAGUGGAGCCUCACCGACGCGGAGAUGGAAAGCCCGAGGCUGCUCCCGGCUGGUGGGACACGACAGAGCGGCGGUGUUAGCAGCCCCGCGGGCGCCAGCCGGUUCCACGGCGGCCCUGACCCGCGAGCUGGCCAGGUCCCCGCGCGCCGCCUCCUGCUGCUCCGGGGCCCCCAAGAUGGCGGGCCGGGGAGGCGGCACGAGGAGGCCCGCACGGCCUCACGGGGCCCGGGCCCGAGCCCGUUGGCCCCGAGGUUGGAUCACGCUGGCGGCGGCGACAGCGAUGACUUCUUCCUGGUGCUGCUGGACCCGGCGGGUGGCGACGUGGAGACCACGGGCGCCGGCCAGGCCGCAGGGCCUGUAUGGAGGGAGGAGGCCGAGUCGGUCCCACAGCUCCAGCAGGGUGAGAGUGACGCGAAUCCCGCGGGCCGCCAGGCGCUAGGCCCUGGCUGCCAGUCCGCAGUCCCCGCCCCAUCCCCGGCUGAGAACCCGAUCCCCGCCCCAGGCCUGGGACCCGCCGCGGCCUUCACGGGCACGGUCACCAUCCACAACCAAAACCUGCUGUUGCGCUUCGAGAACGGUGUCCUCACCCUGGCCACGCCCCCGCCGCCAGCCUGGGAGCCUGGGGUCGCGCCUGCCCCUCAGCCUGGGGGUCUGAUGGCUCCGCAAGCGGGCGUCCCGCACGCCGCGCAGGCCAGCGACUGCCCAGAGCUGCCGCCCGACCUCCUGCUGGCCGAGCCGGCUGAACCCGCGCCGGCUCCAGCGCCUGAGGAGGAGGCAGAGGGCCGGGCCGCAGCCGAAAGUCCCCCCCGCAGGCCGCUGGGCCCAGGCCCGGGCGUGGUGCUGUACCUGUGUCCCGAGGCUCAGUGCGGACAAACCUUCGCCAAGAAGCACCAGCUGAAGGUGCACCUGCUGACUCACAGCAGCAGCCAGGGCCAGCGGCCCUUCAAGUGCCCCCUGGGCGGCUGUGGCUGGACUUUCACCACCUCCUACAAGCUCAAGAGGCACCUGCAGUCGCACGACAAACUGCGGCCCUUUGGCUGCCCUGCAGAGGGCUGUGGCAAGAGCUUCACCACGGUUUAUAACCUCAAGGCACACAUGAAGGGCCAUGAGCAGGAGAACUCGUUCAAAUGCGAGGUGUGCGAGGAGAGCUUCCCCACUCAGGCCAAACUCAGCGCCCACCAGCGCAGCCAUUUCGAGCCCGAGAGGCCAUACCAGUGCGCGUUUUCUGGCUGCAAGAAGACGUUUAUCACAGUGAGUGCCCUGUUUUCCCAUAACCGUGCCCAUUUCAGGGAACAGGAACUUUUUUCCUGCUCUUUUCCUGGCUGCAGCAAACAGUACGACAAGGCUUGUCGCCUGAAAAUUCACCUGCGGAGCCACACCGGUGAGAGACCUUUCCUUUGUGACUUUGACGGCUGUGGCUGGAACUUCACCAGCAUGUCUAAACUCUUAAGGCACAAAAGGAAGCACGAGGAUGACCGGAGGUUCAUGUGCCCUGUGGAAGGUUGUGGGAAAUCUUUCACAAGGGCUGAGCAUCUGAAAGGCCACAGCAUAACCCACCUGGGCACAAAGCCAUUUGUGUGCCCUGUGGAAGGCUGCUGUGCCAGGUUCUCUGCUCGCAGUAGUCUUUACAUUCACUCCAAGAAACACUUGCAGGACGUGGACACUUGGAAAAGCCGUUGCCCAGUCUCUACUUGUAAUAAACUCUUCACAUCCAAGCACAGCAUGAAGACCCACAUGGCCAAAAGGCACAACCUCGGCCAGGAUCUCUUAGCUCAGCUAGAAGCUGCAAACUCUCUUACCCCCAGCAGUGAACUUACCAGCCAGGGACAGAGUGAUCUCAGUGAUGCAGAGCUAGUGUCUCUCUUCUCUGAUGUGCCUGGCAGUAGUUCAGCUGCAGUGCUGGACACAGCAUUGGUGAACUCUGGAAUCUUAACUAUUGAUGUGGCUUCUGUGAGUUCAACUCUGGCAGGAAGCCUCCCUGCUAAUAAUAAUAAUUCCUUGGGGCAGGCUGUGGACCCUCGGGCCUUGAUGGCCACCAGUGACCUUCCUCAAAGUCUGGAUACCUCUCUGUUUUUUGGAACGACAGCCUCUGGCUUUCAGCAGAGUCCCUUAGAUAUGGAUGAUGUUCCAAGUCUAAGUGUGGGGCCAUUGGCAUCUCUGGGCUCUUUGGCUAUGAAAAACUCGAGUCAAGAGCCCCAAGCUUUGACCCCCAGCAGUAAGCUAACAGUGGACACAGAUGCUCUGACUCCUUCAAGCACCCUUUGUGAAAACAGUGUCUCAGAACUACUGCCGCCAACCAAAGCAGAAUGGAAUGUACAUCCUGACUCCGACUUCUUUGGACAGGAGGAGGAAACCCAGUUUGGCUUCUCCAAUGCAGCAGGAAACCAUGGUUCUCAGAAAGAAACAGAUCUUAUCACAGUGACUGGCAGCUCAUUUUUGGUAUGAACUAACUAUUAAUUCCUUGCCACGUGGCUUAUUCUUAUGAAUUACACUCAAUUUUUAGGAUAUUCUGGACUAAAUGUUUAACUGCAGGCAUUUCUUAGAGGUUUGAAAAAGAACAACACACUGGGCUAUAUGUUUGGAGAUUUAAAUUAUGAUCUUGUUCCUGGAACUCUCAAGUUGUGUGACCCUGAGCAAGUCACUUAACCUAUCUGAGCCUUAAUUUCCUUAUUUAUAAAAUGAGGUGGUUUGAAUAGAUGUUGUUUCUAAGAACUUUUCAGCUCUGUAAUUCCUUGAUGAUAAGCUUAUUUCCUUGUGAAAAAAAUUAGGGCUUUUUUUAGUGAUUGUGUUGCAUGUGCUUUUUUCCAACUUACAUAAUAGUGUAAUGCACAGUCAUGUUUUUAGUAGCCAAGUUCAACUAUUAUCAGUUUGUAAACAAUUUUGUUUAUCUUAUCUUCAUUUUAACCCUCACCAAGAAUUAUUUUGGAACAAAUACCAUACUUUACCUCAUUUCAACCCUAAUUAUUCUAUAUAUAGUUCUGUAAAGUACAGUCUUUUUUGAAAAAAAAUUACAAUUCCAUUAUCAUACUUAAAGGUAGCAGUAACUCCUUAAUC